GUCAUACAUAUGUUUGUGAUUUGUUUACUUUUUGCUGCGGCUUAGAUGUUCCGUGUGCAUUGUGUAAUAUCUGGUUAAACUUAUUUGCUGAAACUGUCCCGACAUGCAGAGAUCAGUAUUUGUACAGGUGUGGCGAAAGGCCUGCAGAUAUUACAGUUAUAAAUCUGUUAAACGCCCAGAUUUUUCCACAAAAGUACGAACACAACAGCCAUUUGAGAAGGAAGCUAGACCUGUGACAAAUGCAGAUCUUACAAAACAUCUACAAGCUAAAAUUUUGGCAACUGGGCCAAUAACUAUUGCUGAAUAUAUGCAAGAAGUUUUAAUAAAUCCACUAUCUGGUUAUUAUAUGAACCGAGAUGUUUUUGGUCGUGAGGGCGAUUUUAUAACCUCGCCGGAAAUAUCACAAAUUUUUGGAGAGCUUGUGGCUAUUUGGGUUUUAAGCGAAUGGCAAAAAAUAGGCGGACCCCCAUUUCAACUGGUGGAACUUGGUCCAGGAAGAGGCACAUUAAUACGUGAUGUUCUGAAAGUUCUAUCACAAUUCAAACUGGGAAGCAACUUUUCAAUGCAUCUUGUUGAAAUAAGUCCGCACCUAAGUACGUUGCAAGCACAACUUUUGUGCUACACUCACGAAGCCACCGACAGCAAUGCUGUAGGUUAUUAUCAGAAAGGUGUGACUGCCUCUGGCAUAAAAGUUUACUGGUAUUCCCGACUUGAGGACGUUCCCGCCUCAUUUUCCAUUGUUUUGGCUCAUGAAUUCUUCGAUGCUUUACCUGUACAUAAACUUCAAAUGGAGGAUGGAUUAUGGAAGGAGGUGCUUGUAGAUAUAGCCGACGGGCAGACGAAGGAAGCGGAUUUUAGAUUUAUUUUAUCAAAGAAUCAAACGCCUAUAUCAAAACUAUUUGAACCUAUAGUUGGAGAAACAAGACAAUGUCUUGAAUAUUCUAUAGAAUCGGAUCGUAUUAUCAGUUUAUUAGCUGACCGGUUUGAAACAAAUGGUGGCAUUGGCCUCAUAGUAGACUAUGGACAUUUUGGUGAAAAAUCUGAUACAUUAAGAGCUUUUAAGAAGCACGAGCUAUUUAAUCCAUUGAAAGCUCCAGGUACCGCUGAUAUAACUGUCGAUGUUGACUUUAGGCAAAUGAAAAGAGUUGCGGAAAAAGACAAUAAAGUUUUAUGUUUAGGACCUGUUGAACAACGACUAUUUCUUCAACGUAUGCAGGGAGAAGUGCGCUUAGAGCGAUUGUUGAAAAAUGCCUUGCCAGAAAAUCAAGCAACAAUCAAGUCCGCAUAUGAGAUGCUAACACAACCAGAUAAAAUGGGAUCACGAUUUAAGUUCUUCUCCAUGUUCCCGGCUGUAUUGAAAGACCAUUUAAUUAAGUUCCCGGUGAAUGGUUUUCAAUAGUGUGAAGAGUGCAUGUUAAAUUUAUUAUACAAUAAGAUAUCUCAAAUCUAUCUAAUUGAAAAUAUAUAUAUUAUUUCUUGUUAAA